GAAGUGGAGCAGGAGGAGGAGGGAGAGGAGGAAAAAGAGUGUUUGUGGUCGAUGGAUUUGCCGUUCAAGAAACUUGAAAAUGGUCAUGAAAGCCAAGACAAAUCAAUGUCUUUGAAAGAAAUACAGGAGCAGCUACGUCGUGACUACCCGGAUAUCAAUGAUUAUUACCAUGCUGGUGUAUGGGAUUUGGAAAAAGAUUCCACUUCCGCUCUCAAACCUGUUGCUAUAUUUGAGGAUAGACGAUGUGCUGACCCUAAACAACGAGUAUGUUAUAAUGGACAUUGA